AUGUUACGUGAAAAUGAUUGUUAUUUUGGAGACAGCACGAGGCAAUGUUUGCGUCGCAUUGCGUGGCCCUUGCACCAUUUACUGCAGACAACAAUUUUAGAAACUAUUGUCUGGUUCGGGGAUGGUGGUGCCCAGAGUGUUGGGCUCGCUAGUCGGCGGAGGGAUGAGUCCAACCCAGCAUCUGGAGCAGCAGCAGGCGCUGGUGAAGCAAUUUGCAGAAAUUUUGGAGUUUGUCUUAAAGUUCGACGAGCAUAA